AAGCGUCAGCAAAUACAUUGUUGAUUACGGAAAAUCAAUUAUCAUACAACAGUCAGCUUCUAAAUAUUUUGACUUUGGGGAAAUUGUUCUGCCUGAAGCUUCAGUUUUGUUCCACAUUAAGGAACCUGCAAGACAGUGAAUCUUAAUUCAGUUUUUGGUGCUCAGAGCAAACAGCAGUUGGAGAAGAAACUCACACGGGGCAUCACAUGGGAGAGAAAUUCUUUAAAUGCCCCAAUCUCGGGGAAAAUUUCCUGAGCAGCUCAGAUCCUUUUGGACAUCAGCAAGUCCUUGCAGCUGACAAACUGUAUAAAUGCCUGGAGUGUGGAAAAUGUUUUACUCAUAGUAAGAACUUCAGCACUCACCAGAGAAUCCACACUGGAGAAAAACCUUACAAAUGUCCUGAAUGUGGGAAAAGGUAUGGUGCCAGCUCAACUCUUAGUAGGCAUAGAAAAAUCCACAUGGAAGAAAAGCCUUAUAGAUGUCCGGAGUGUGAGAAGGGUUUCAGUUACAAAGCAGAUCUCAUUAAACACCACCGAGUUCACACCGGGGAGAAACCUUAUGUAUGUGGUGAGUGUGGGAAAAGCUUUAGUCAAAGCUCAAACUUUGUUACACAUCAGAGAAGCCACACAGGAGAGAAACCUUAUGAAUGCCCUGACUGCGGGAAAAGUUUUACCGUGAGUUCAAGUCUUAUUGAACAUCAGCGAGUCCACACCUCUGAGAAACCUUUCUUGUGCACAGAAUGUGGGAAAAGCUUCAAUCGGAGCUCACAUCUCAAUGUACACCAGAGAAUUCACACAGGAGAGAGGCCCUUUCAGUGUCCUGAUUGUGGAAAAGGCUUUACGAUACUUUCCACCCUUAGUAAACAUCAAAGAAUCCAUACAGGAGAAAAACCUUACAAAUGCCCCAAGUGUGAGCGAAGCUUUAGGGUGAGCUCAAUUCUUACACAACAUAUUAGAACCCACACAGGAGAGAAACCAUACAUUUGUUCUGAUUGUGGGAGACGCUUCAGUCAAAAAUCACCCCUCAUUGCUCACCAGAAACUCCAUGCUCGUAAGAAAACUGUGUAGGUAAAUGGUCUAAGACACUAGUGGGAUUAACAAAUCAUUUAGUAGUGAUUCAGUAGUUUGGUAUAAGAAAAUAUGCAGAUAUAGAACAUAAGUAGGCUUUGCUACUGUUACUUCAAUCCCAGACAGACAUUUGUUUUUUAUAAUUGUAUCAUUUUCCUUUUAUAAAAAAGUGAUAUCCUUCUCCCCUUCUUUUAUUGAGGGGCUUCAAGGAAGCAUAGUUAAAAUGCAAUUGCUGUUGCUUUUGCAGAGCUGUCUGGAUGGGAGAGGCUAUAAAUCCAAAUUUACUAUGACAUAGGAUGAUAUGAGUCAGGACUUGUGAAAUGCUUUGUACAUGGAGAAGUGCUGUGGAGGUAUUGAACAAUAAAACAAUUAAUAAAAAGUU